AUGUUCGACUCGAUUCGAAAUUGCUAUGCCGCCGAACUGGACCACGAACACCGGUACCACGACUACCGGCUUCGACCGCGACCACCACCACCGCCGGCAAUCCUUCGACAUCGGCUUCGACUUCGACAACCAGCUACCACCAUACCAGGGGGAAGGCAAUGUUCGACUCGAUUCGAAAUUGCUAUGCCGCCGACCACGAACACCGGUACCACGACUACCGGCUUCGACCGCGACCACCACCGCCGCCGGCAAUCCUUCGACAUCGGCUUCGACUUCGACAACCAGCUACCACCAUCCACUAUCCACCACUCACCACUUGGCUCCGACCACCACCAUCCGCCUGUGGGACAAGGGCACUAUUCGAUUCGAUUCGAAAGUGCCCUACCCGCCGAACGCUGGGCGACGAACACCACAUGGCGCUUCAACCGCGACCACCACCGUCUCCGGCACACCGACGACGACGACCACGGGCACUGUUCGACUCGAUUCGAAAGUGCCAUGCCGCCGAAGAACCUUCGACCGCUACCACCACCGCCUCCAGCACCCCGACGCGCCCAAGACUGGACGACUUCGACCCCAACCACCACCACCUACGACGACGACCAAAUUGACGUUGGCACUGUUCGUCUUGAUUCGAAAGUGCCCUACCCGCCGAACGCUGGGCGACGAACACCACAUGGCGCUUCAACCGCGACCACCACCGUCUCCGGCACACCGACGACGACGACCACGGGCACUGUUCGACUCGAUUCGAAAGUGCCAUGCCGCCGAAGAACCUUCGACCGCUACCACCACCGCCUCCAGCACCCCGACGCGCCCAAGACUGGACGACUUCGACCCCAACCACCACCACCGACGACGACCAAAUUAACGUUGGCACUGUUCGUCUCGAUUCGAAAGUGCCCCACUCGACCACUAUCGCCAUGA